AUGAGUGAGAUAGCUUACCAUUACCGGAACUCAAAGACACUAGAUCAUAUUUCAGCGAGCGUGGAAGCAGUCAGUCUAGCCUUUAUGGCUGUUCAGCUCGCCAGCCCGAAUCUUCUCCUAUUAGCCAGCUCAAGUUACGUCACGGCUAUUCAACGACUCAAUCACGCUCUCAGCUCGCUCAAUCCUGGGGAAGCGGAAAAAGCACUCCAAACCAUUUUGUUGCUGGAUAUGUACGAAAAGCUUGUCCACCGGGAUCCGGCACAAUCUCAGUCAUGGCUGAGUCACGCACAAGGUGGCUUAUCACUACUCGGUGCCCGUGAGACGAGUAUUGUGUCUACCCCAACAGGCUGUCAAGUUGCAGCUCGACUUGUGACGGCGGUGACAGUAAGCUGUGCCACAGUCGGAGAUAAAGUACCUCCAGAGCUUACAAAGGUCCGUCGAAAUAUUGGCUAUCGUGUCAAGAGCGUGAAAUGGACAUUUCUAGGUGUCCUUGCGCAGGUUGUUGACCUUAAGUCCGACAUCAUUCAUGGGAGAGUUUCGACAUUGGAACUUCUUGUUAAGGCAAAAGGUCUGGAUGAAAGAAUCAAUGCGUUGGACAAAGCCCGUCCACCAUCUUGGAAGCCAAAAACCAUACAAGUCACUGCAGACGAGCAGAUUCUGGGAUGUUUCUACGACAUCUACCCGGACCACUACAUCACUCAAGUCUCGAAUGCAAUCUGCACAAUCCGCCUCAUUCUUUACCACCUCAUCAAGACUUACGUCCCCGAGGAGAGUCGCCCGAAAGAGUACACAUUCCACGGAACAAGUCGCGACUCGAUCAAUCAGAUGUGCGCCUCCGUGCCUCAGUUUAUCUUACCAGGAAUACAUGAAACAAAUUCAUUGCCUUUUUCGCCUGUACAACAGCUUCACUGCAGCACCUUUCUGGCGCCCCUUUACCUGAUCAAUCAGGUAUCAGAAGACAAGAAAGUAAAGGCAUGGGUGCAACGAUGUUUGAAGUUUAUGUGGGAAUCUGGAGGCUUCAAAUCAGCUAAAGAGAUUCUUCAUGUCACGCAAACAGCACCAGACCUAGAUUACUGGACCGUGUUUGCUAUGACCGGUAGCUAUGCACUUGGAGCCUAG